AAUGUUUCAGACGAGUGUCCGCCGCCACAGAAAUCGCACCGCCAACAUUAGCGGAAGCUCUAAGUUCAACUACCGUGUUCGUCGUGAGUGUGGAGCAUACGUGAGUGUGAUUAAUUGAUAGGCCGUCUCUGAAGAAGUCAAGUGCGUGCAAAUCCGUGAAUCGUGCCAAUUACCUGGAUAUCUGCUUUGAGAUAAAUGGACCUGCAGAUCUACGACUUGCAAGUCAAUCAGUCGCCCUACACACCCGAAAUGGCGUGUGAGUGAUUUUGCGGGGGAGGGUCCAUGUAAUUGAUAUUUUUCGCGAAAGUUCUCGGAAGUGAUAAGCUGUUGUUGACAGAUUACAGUGGAUUUGUAAAUAAUUGCAAACCACAUAAGGAAAGCAAUGGGAGAGUAGAAGGCUAAGACGCUGAGGAAGAAUCAUCUGAAUCAUGACUCAUCUUCAAUUCCAGCGCAGAAAAAUUCUCACCGUCAUCCUGUUCUUCUAUCAUGACCAAGUACCUCGACAACAGAUUACAACCGCUAAGCCACCAUCAUUGAGGAUGAACUACUAUUAAUUGACAACAGAUUAGAUUUUACAUAUUGUGUGGCAUACAGGGUAGUUGGGAGAGGGAGUGCAGGCGGGAGAAACCUUUAUGAAAAAUGACACUGGAAGUGGGACAAAUUUUGAUGGCAGUGGCCCUCUUCUUCAGUACAGACGCCAUCCGAAUCGAUACAACAUCACACAGCCACCAAUCGAGACGGAACACUGGCACAGAAGUCUUCUCAUCGCCAUUCCUUGCGGAGCACCGGGUAACGAAUAUAACGACCCAAAUAGGCACCCAUGCCUAUCUGCCGUGCAAGGCGAGACAGUUGGCCAACAAAUCAGUGUCAUGGGUACGAGUUCGAGACGAUCACAUUUUAACGGUGGACCGCACAGUGUUUAUCGCCGAUGACCGCUUCCAAUCCUUCUUCGUCGAGAGUACGGGUAUGUGGACACUGCAACUCAAGUACGUUCAAGCACGAGAUGCAGGACUUUAUGAAUGUCAAGUGUCUACGGAGCCAAAGCUCAGUGCACGUGUCCAUUUGCACGUAGUUGUGCCACGAACUGAAUUGAUUGGCGAGUCAAAUCGCUACGUGAAGGCGGGUAGUAGAGUGAUAAUACGAUGUGUAGUUCGGGGAGCCCUAGAGCCACCAUCGUAUGUGUUCUGGUACUUUGGGCUAGAACAAAUCUUCACGGACAAUAGACACGGGUGGAUCAUGCAGACUGAGAGUGAGAGUGAUACACAUAGCACAAUUGCAUCUCUAAUCAUUCCAUCAGCCCGCAAGCGGGAUACUGGAAAUUACACAUGCAACCCCUCGAAUAGUGAUGCCGUCACCGUUCUCCUUCACGUCAUCAACGCCGAAUACUCCGCAUCUGCGGUAACGUCUGCAGCAUCGGGUCAUGGGAGUGUGCAAAGUGAAAUUGUGGCAAUCAUUGUAGCGGUUCUGGUGCACUUCCAAACGUGACAACAUACACCCCGAUGUAGUUAUGUAUAAAAAGGGGACUUCUAUCUUAAGUAAGGACACUCUCUUUCGUACUGAUAAAUUAGUGUGAAAGUAAUAAUUGAAAAUUCUACGAUAAACUGGAAAAUUCGAUGGUGAAGCAAUUCCAAUUUAAUUGCUGAAGGAGACUCUCGAAUAGAAUUCAUUGAAGGAAAAUCGUAGCUAUAGAGACAAAUGCGGAGUAAAUGAGUUGAGUGAUGAAAUUUUCGACGAAAUUAUUCAAUAAUUAAAAUUAAAAAAUAAGAAAUUAAUUGAUAUUAGCUGUAAGUGAGAGUGGAAUGAGAAAAUUUCAAUUACCUUACAUUGCGCUAUAUAUUUUUUAAAGUGAAAUAAAUAUUGGAUUGUUUUUAUCUUCAUACAUUACAUAUUCUUUUAGUUAGACGAUAUUUUUUCAUUAUAUUCCUUCGGGUCCAUUAAAUCCAACGAAAGUGAAAGAAUAAUUUAGAAAAUUUUCUAAUGCCAUUCAUUGUGACGAAAAAUCUUGACUAAAAGAUUUUGACAAGAAAAAGUGUUAAAAGCAAGGUUUUCCUCGUCACAAUAAACUGUACAAUGUAUAAAUUGAAAUUACUGUGUGAGUGAAAGUUAAAUAGGAAUAUGGAAUAUAGCGAAAGGUUAGUCUCUGUAAAGAAAAAAAAAGCAUGACAUUGAUUUAACGAAAAUUUAUAGACAGGGAGCAAAUGUGUAAAACUUAUUACGUGUUGUAAAUUAUUUAAUGAGGAAUGUGAUGGGAAAAAAUCAGAGAAUAAAAUUUAAGUCUUAUCACCGUUAA